UCACCACUGGGAUGUUGAGGGGAAGAGAAAGAAGAAUCAGCAUGGAGUCUCCUCUGAGUGGGAAGCAGUGAUAGGGUGUUACUUGUGGCUACUGAAUCCAGUCUAGAGGCGACCAAAACCUGCACCUCACUUGGAAAGCUGCCCUAUUUCACUUUAAGGUUUGAUCUGCUUGAUCUGCGUGACCUAAAAAUGUCUUCCGUCUGUUUGCUUCUGCUACUUCACUGUGUGGCCAGUGCUAUUGAGCUACAAGUCCCAGAUGCUCCAGUCAUUGGACUUUUAGGUGAAGACGUUCUGCUCCCUUGCUGGUUCUCGCCUCCAGCCGGCUUCUCUUUGGAGGCGCUCAGUGUGUUUUGGAAGGUGACAAACUUUCAACAGGUUCAUGCUUUUUCUCGGGGUCAGGAGCAGCUGGAGAACCAGGAUCCAGAGUUCAAGAACCGUACUCUUUUAUUCCCUUCAGAGCUUUCCAAUGGUAACAUGUCCCUCCUCCUUCGAGAAGUACGUCUGUCAGACGAAGGCAUCUAUACUUGCUUUGUUAACGUGGAGACCCCCAGCUCAGCUGCUGUUAUACUGCAGGUGGCAGCCCCUUUCUCCAAGCCUGUUCUGCACUUGGAGCCUAGUGAGAGUCUUAAACCUGGAGACAAUGUCACGAUAACAUGCCAUACCUAUCACGGAUACCCACAGGUCGAGCUGGUAUGGCAAGACGGAAAUGGACACAACUUAACAGAGACAGUUACCACAUCACAGGUGGCUAAUGAUGAAGGCCUAUUCCAUGUCCAGAGCAACAUCGUAAUCACCCUGGAGACCAGUGACACCUAUACAUGCUUAGUGUACAAUCCAGUGCUAAGAGAUGUGAUAAAUUCAUCUCUCACGGUGACCGGUCAGCAUCUCUCGUUUCCUCCGGUAGCCAUGUGGGUGACAGUGGGUCUGUGCGUGUGUCUCCUGGGUCUCCUUGUGGCUCUGGCAUUGGUUUGUAGAAAGCAGCUGAUACAGACCUGUGAGGAAGAGCAGGCGGAAGCAGGGAAUGAAGAAGUUGAAGAAAACGGAGAGCUAAAAACAGCCAUGCAGCCUCUGAAAACGAAUUCAACAGGAGACGAUGAUGGCACGUCGUUCUUAGAGUGAGACUAUCCAUCUGCAUCGUGCUAUCAUCAUGGGUUGAUGAUGAAGGUUUUGUAUACGGAUUUUACAGAGGUUUCCGCAGCACACUGGCUCCAUGCUGGGUUAUCACAAGGGAUCUCCAUCAAGACGAUCCAUCCACUUGAAAAAUGCAACUUGCAGAUUCUGAAUUCUUUAAAAUAAACUAGGACAUUUUAUAGGUUAAACCUCCUGUUGCCAGGUUGGCUGGCUUAUGGCUGCAUAAGUACAUUGCCAUAUUCUACUGGCAGCAGUAAAUGAUAUGAAAUAGGUGGCCUUAUCGUACUGCAAUGGACUAAUACUGGAGGAUGGAAGGCAACCUAUUAUAAUUCUCCAAAGUGCAUUUCGAAUAGACACGGUGGGCCUCUCUUCCUCCAUUUUUCUUCCCACAAGGCAGACAUACUGACUCAGGCCUAGUUCUGUGUAAAAGGAACAAUCCAUGUUUAGACCAUUCCAGGAAGGCAGGAGGAAUAUAUGGACCCUUAGAUGACUACAUGGCUUUUAAAUGUGCCGUUGCUGACCAAUAGAAACACUGUAUUUUAUCCAAAAGUUAGCGAACUGUGGAUGUAAAGACAUUUCCGUGAUGAGAGAAGGCCCUAAUACAAGUUGCUGUUUUUAAUAUAUUUUAUCUUGCAAAUCCGCUGGUUCGGAUUUGUUGUCGAAGGUCACGGAAGCAUGAAUCAGCUGCAUCCCUGUCAGAAAAAAAAAAAAAUCUUCAAUAUUGUGCCUUACCUAGGUUGCACAUGCCUGUACAAAUCAGAUGUGGACAAUCCCAACAAGUGUGUGUUUUUGUAGAUUUUAAAUAAAA